AUGACUCUAUCUCAGCGUCUUUUGGUCGCUGAUGCUCAUAGGAUGAUUCAUGAUGAAGACGCCGAUCGUGUUGAGGUCGGGAGCAGUGAUGCAAGCGGAAGUGAGGAUAGAGGGAGAGAUCAAGACGAUACUGCGACUGGCUCCGAUCGUGGCGACACUGAUGAGUCUGAUCGGUCUCCGACUCCUUUGAGACAGGUCCGCGAGAGAGUUUGUUUCAACCAGAUAGACUGUCGCCCAACCGUUUACCAUUCUGGUGGGAUCUUCGAAGAGCUUGCUCCGCUGCCACCCGGACUGCUACGGGACCCGCGGGCUCAGUCGUGGGGGAACGUGUUUGGAUCUUCUGAUUCUCACCACACCGUGAGGAAUCUGUUAAGGGCGAAUGGCGGUGCUGGCGUUACCUACAUCAUUCCGUCUGCUGAGCAGCGUCCCUGGUCGCCUCCGGUUGGUUACCAAUGCGUGUAUGAGUCCUAUUUCGGGGAUCAUACGAAGCUAUGGUUCCCGAUUCCCCGGUUAGUGACGUUCUACGUAUUUCGCCGAGACAUUGCCAUUUCUCAACUUUUGAACGGGUCGCUGCGAAUAGCCGUCAUGCUAAUGGUAAUGGCAGCUGAGAUGGACAUCUCGAUGAGCGUGAGGAUCUUCGAAGGGUUGACUUUCACGAAGGCGGAGCCAAACGGGAUCUUCUCGAUCCUCAGGGACCGUCUGACUCCGGAGUCGACGUCACUUCCGAAGGCGGUGGAGCCUCCAGAGAAGAAGCCUCUGGAGAAGGAGCCUCCAGAGAGGAGGGUCUUAUUGCAACCGAUCAGGGGGGGGACGGCAGAGACUUCUGCUUCUUGUCCCAAGAAGAAGAAGAACAACAACAAGAGGACUAAGGUGGGAGCGACCGACGAGGUUCCUCCCGAAGAGUCUGCUCCCGUGAAUGCGACUUUGACUAACGAGGUUCCUCCCAUCGACGCGACCUCCGAGGGUUCGAAGUUUAAAAAGAAGAAGGAUGGGAGAAAAAGGUCUCGUGGCGGAGCAGAAGGGCAGGAGGCUGUUUUAGUCGGGGCGGCAUCAGAUGGUCACCCGAGGAAGAGAACUAAGAGGAAGAAAGCUAAGAGGUCUGUUGAGGCAGAGCCCCGCCCUUCUACCUCCGACGCGAGCGUUGCUGACGCGGCCAUAGUCGACGCUGUUGGGGAAGCCAGCGGUUCUCCUGGAAAUUUAUCAGAGGAAAAGAGGAAAACCUGCUCGCGAGAAGGAGGUUCUGGUGGUGAGCCCGCGAGGUCUGAACCUGAAGGUUCCGUCGCGAAGAGAAGGAGGGUCGAGUAUCCUGAUCGCGUCGAGUUUUCCUACAACGAGACAACUCCCCUGAUCCUUAAUCCCCUUAGGUGUGCGGAGCUGAUGCGUCAAAUCCGUGGUGGGACGAAGGAGAUGCCGCAACUGGAAGACCUUUACUUCAAGAACGAAUACAUCAACGCAGCUUCGUCGAGAGCGCGGAGUGACGGGAGUAUGAACUUCCUUGUCGAGAAAUACGACAGCGCCCUGAAGCAGACGAUGAUCCAGUUGGGAUCUUCGGAGAAGCUCGCUCAAGCAAGAUUGAAGGCCAUUGAGAGGGUGAGGGAUGAGCAUAAAAAGGCUAACGAGAAGGCUGCGAAGGAGAAAGAAGUCCUUCGAGCGAAGUUCAAAGAGCUGGAGGGUAAGCUCAAAUCCGCCUGCGCGGCUAAGAAAGAGCUUGCUCGAGAGAACACCCGUUUGGAGCAAGCGACUGCGACCCUUAAAAAGGAGAAGGCAGAGCUACUCGAGGGAAGGGACGCCGCGGUUGAGAAUUUGAUCAGAGAGAGGCAACGCUUGAGAGACUCCCGGGGACUCGAGGUUACUCGUGAGAGGGAAAGGGUCGAAGCUGCUAUGAUCGAGAAGGCAAACGGAUGCUCAGCUGCUUUGGUCGCGUGCGCGACCAUCUAA